AAUAAACCGUCAAACGCCUGUUUUUGAGCUGUAGAAUUAAUUCUUAAUCGCAUAAAAUUUCACUAGCGUGCCUAAAGUGCUUCUAAUAAGAGAGCGUUUUGCAUUGAUGACAUAAUAUCUGUCUGAAUAUUUUUUUUUUUAACAAUUAUAAAAUAAAAGUUUAAGGCUAGCAUAUGACUUGCGGAAUCGAAAUUAUUGUUGUUGUUGUUACAGGCUGAAUCCCAAACCACUUACUAGUUUGUGCAUAUGCGCACUACGUAGGGCGUGAGAUAGAGGUUUCUGAGCACUACGUCAUCCACUAAAGAAUCCAAUAGGAAGCGAUUUGAGACACAGCCCGACUAAGAUUACAUGACUGUUACUGCUGAUGGCGAUGUGAAGCCGAAAAUGAUUGCGUUUGCUUGCUUUCCGAGUUGAACAGCCACUUUUCGGGGUUAUUAACACCACGAUUAGUUUUAAGGAAGACAAAAACCUGAAGAUGGAGUGGUUUGUAAACGGAGGAGCCAUGAAGUUACCACCUGAGGAGAGCCGCUGCACGAGUGACAGCCAAAACCGACCUCACGAGGUCAGUACGGAGAGCAUAGCAUCUCUGUGCGAGAAGCAGCAGCGGUAUGUGAAGGCCUCCAUUGUGUCCAGUUGGCAGUUGGUGGAGGCUCAAGACCGGCUCUGUGGUCUGGAGCUGCACGGUUCUGAGUCAGUAGAACAGGCCCGGGCCCGGGCGCUUGCUUCCUCCACACACCUGUCUGAGACCGAGGAGGAGUGGAGGAGGAAGGAGAGCAUGCUGGACUCCCGAUGGAGCCCCGUCACACAGGACCCUGGACACAGUGGCUUCGACAAGAGCAUCAUAAACGAUCCCGAGCCCAGGGGGAUGGACACGGAUUUCGACAAGAGCUUAACCUUCGUCCAGCGCCAUGAGGAGGAACUGAAGCAUUUCGGAAUGUUGAGGAGGUGGGACGACAGUCAGCGUUUUCUGGCGCAGUUGCCUCACCUGAUCUGUGAGGAAACAGCAAAUUACCUGAUCUUAUGGUGCUUUCGACUCUACGCUGAAGAGAAAGAAGCUCUGAUGGAGCAGGUCGCUCACCAGGCCGUAGCCAUGCAGUUUAUCUUGGAGAUGGCCCGCAGUGCGCAGCAGGAUCCUCGUGCCUGUUUCCGCCAGUUCUUCCACAAAGCCAAAGCGGGACAGGAAGGAUAUUUGGACGUCUUCCACACUGAACUCGAGGCCUUUAAACACAGAGUGAGGGAGUACGCCGUCAAGCCCAAAGUGGACACGCCCAAAACUCUGGAGCAGCUGUGUACGCCGGCCAGCUGCAGACUCGACCCUAAAGAAGUGCUGGAGUCUCUGCCUCCUGAACUGAAGGUGUGUAUUCAGUCUCAGGACAUGCACAUACUCCAGAAUGUUCUCCGCACCAUGAACCCUCAGGUGGCAGAGUAUCAUAUAAAGCGAUGUUUGGAGGCGGGGCUCUGUUCACAUCCUGGGCGGGGCUCAAAAGAUGAGGACAUAGAAGCGGAGGAUCAGAGGAUGAUGGAGAUGUCCUAACACACACACACACACACACACACACACACACACACAGUGUUUUGCUUGUGUUCAGGACGAUGAUGAAGUGUGUGAACAUCAAGUGAAGAUCAGACGACUGAACAUGACCUUCAUCCUGGAGGAGGAGGAGGAGAGUGAGAGG